AUGCAGCUUGUCCGAGCCCCGAAGGCUUGCGUCAAGCUGUGGGACAUUCCCAGCUCGCAGGAUCUGCGCCGUGCCCGGGUCUGCACAGCCGAGUGGCCCACUUUUGGCAGGGCCCGGGACGCUCGAUUACACUCGACACCGCCAUCAACAAGCCUCCUUGAGCUCAAAUCAACCUUUCGGUUGGAGCUGUCAAUCGAGAUGGCUGCCGUUGACAAGCUCACGCCCUCAGACUCUCGGGUCCAGCACCGGACCUACACCGUCCCAGCAUCCAACCACACCUACCACUACCUCUUUGCUGAACCGCCGGCUAGAACUACUGUGACAGGGACGGCGUUGUUGAUACACGGAUUCCCUGAUUUGGCUUUGGGAUGGCGCUAUCCGCUCGUGUCGUUAGGCCUGAGGGUCAUAGUCCCCGAUAUGCUCGGCUAUGGCGGGACUGAUGCCCCCGAGAAGCUGGAAGAGUACUCCUACAAGAGCGUGACCAACGACCUCGUCGCCCUCGUGAGGCACGUGCUCCGCGAGGCAGGACAUAAGGACCCCGAGAGCGAAAAGAUCAUCCUCGGCGGGCAUGACUGGGGCGGCAUGGUAGCCUGGCGCUUCGCCCUCUGGCACCCGUCCGUGCUCCGCUGCGUCUUCUCCGUCUGCACGCCCUACUUCGCGCCCAUCUCUCAACCCAUCACCCUCGAAGUCCUGACCUCCAUCCACUCCAACUUCCGCUACCAGCUGCAAUUCCGUUCCGGUGAGUGCGAAGCCCGCGUCGGCCGCGAUCCUGCCCGCGUGCGGGCUUUCUUAGGCGCCUUGUACGGCGGUCGCGCGCUGAUGGAGGAUCUGAAGACCAUUGAUGAGGGUAGAAAGGGGCUGUUUGAUCCUGAGGUUGGGAUCCCGCUUGAUUUGGUUGAGCAAUGCCGGGUUGGACCGAGUCCUCUGCUUUCCAAGGAAGAGAUGGAUUACUACGUAGAGCAGUUUGCGACUGGAAAGGGAGGGAUCAAGGGGGCGUGCAAUUGGUACCGUAUGACCGAAAUCAACAACAAGGAGGAAAUGGAGCUGGCACAAGCGGGUAGGGUGAAUAUCAGGACGCCGGCGCUGAUGGUUGUCGCGAGAAAAGAUGUGGCACUGAAGCCGGAGUUGGCGGGCAAGAUGAAGGAUUUCAUCGAGAAUUUGAAGAUGGUUGAGGUCGAUGCUAGUCAUUGGGCGUUGUGGGAAAGGCCGGCGGAGGUUAAUGCGCAUCUAACGGAGUGGUUGAGGGGGAUUUUGGACAGGGAGGGGAGGUUGAGGCCAUCUAUUUGA